AUGUUUCACCACCGACCGCAGGUAGAAGAUUGGCAGUUUCCAUCAGGUCCACUUGGUAACUGCAUAGUCACGAAGGAGAGGAUCAAUGCCCUGUUCUCCGAAGUGGAGCUUGCUGCAUUUGAGGCUGCUUUGCUCAAUCCCACCCCUUCUCCAGUACCGAGCCGGGAGAUGAUGUUGCCAGACAACGCCCGGUUGGUUUCCGAUGAGGAGGUGCUGGCGAUGGCAAACGACUUGUUCCACGCUGCGCCUGAGUGGAUGCGUGUGGUAGUGGACAGCCCGGACGCUGACACCCCAGCAGCGCCCGCUGCUACUUUUGAUACUACCAUGGACGAUGCCGAUUCACCAACUAUCGUGGAGCAAGACCCAGUGGUCGAUCUCGUCCAGUACUUCAAUCAACAGCCUCUACCACAGCAAUCAGGCAGCGCCUCGUCCUCUCCGGAUCCAGUCGGGGACGUAUUCAACGGGAUCAAUGCGUCUCAACAUCAGCACUCUCAAGACUACAGCGGAAACCAAGCCAGCGAGGUCAAUGCCUUCCAACUUCAGCGUCCUCAGCAAUCUCUCGAAAAAGUGACCAACGAGAUCAAUCCGUCUCAGCCCCCUUAUGACCCUUUCACAAAAUUCGCCGACGAGAUCAGCGCUUUCGAACGCCAGCGCGCUCAGCUCCGGGAGUAUGUCGGCUUAUCGCCGCAGGACGAAGGCAAAGGCAGAGCAGUGUUUGACCCGGGCCUGUCUUCGCUUGCUUAUCUCCUGCCGGCUCGUCAACCCCUUCCGCAAAGCCAUGGUCGAACACUGCACUCUGGACCUCCAAAGCCAACUAAGCCUAAGCCGCGUCCUGAGCUUCAAGACCCUGCUGGGCGUCAAAGGCAGAGUAAGAAGAAGUUAUAG